UUAGCUGGCACGCAACACACUUCCCCAGGGUUGUUUCCUUUUUCCUGAGAUUUGGCGAAGGGUAAAGGGUCGGAGUCACAUGGAUACAAAGCAUUUGAUUAAUGUCCAAGUCACCGCUGUGGCUGCCGGAGCCGCCUCCCCUCCAGCCCGGGCCGCGUGAGGCCGGAGCCGUGGGGCCGGGCGCGCAGGUCCCGGGCCGGCGCCCCCUCUCCCGGGAGUUGUCUCCUCAAAGCCUCGCGCCUCCCGCGCCGGAGUUCCGGCGGGCGCCCUCCCCUCUCCUACCACCCCAGACUCUCCCCAGCAUGUAAAGUCGCCCGUACCUCCUCGGACUUCGCGGAGGCGCAGCAACUUUUCCUUUCUGGCCGCGCGGGGCCGGACACCAGCCGGCGCGCGGGGCAGCGCGCAGCGCAGCAGCCCCGCAGCCCCGCGUCCCGCCGCCCACCAUGAGCGACGAGAGCCGCGGGGACGGCCGCGCGGAGAGCGCCAAGGACCUGGAGAAACAGCUUCGCCUGCGCGUGUGCGUGCUCAGCGAGCUGCAGAAGACCGAGCGGGACUAUGUGGGCACGCUGGAGUUCCUGGUGUCGGCGUUCUUACACCGGAUGAACCAGUGCGCUGCAUCAAAAAUUGACAAAAAUGUAACAGAAGAAACAGUGAAGAUGCUGUUCUCAAACAUUGAAGAUAUCCUUGCAGUACAUAAGGAAUUUUUAAAAGUCGUGGAAGAAUGCCUACAUCCAGAACCUAAUGCUCAGCAAGAAGUGGGAACCUGCUUUCUUCACUUUAAAGACAAGUUUCGUAUCUAUGAUGAAUACUGUAGUAACCAUGAGAAGGCCCAAAAAUUGCUUCUUGAACUUAACAAAAUAAGAACAAUCCGCACAUUUCUUUUGAACUGUAUGCUACUCGGAGGACGGAAGAACACAGAUGUUCCCCUGGAAGGAUAUUUAGUAACACCGAUACAAAGAAUUUGCAAGUAUCCUCUCCUUUUGAAGGAGUUGCUGAAGCGGACUCCAAGGAAACACAGUGACUACGCAGCAGUAAUGGAAGCCCUCCAAGCCAUGAAAGCCGUCUGUUCCAACAUAAACGAGGCCAAGAGGCAGAUGGAGAAGUUAGAAGUUUUGGAGGAGUGGCAGUCUCACAUUGAAGGCUGGGAGGGAUCCAACAUUACCGAUACCUGCACUGAAAUGCUAAUGUGUGGAGUCUUACUGAAAAUCUCUUCUGGAAAUAUUCAGGAACGGGUGUUUUUUCUUUUCGAUAAUCUUUUGGUGUAUUGCAAAAGAAAACACAGACGGUUGAAGAAUAGCAAGGCAUCUACAGAUGGACAUCGGUACCUUUUUCGUGGCCGAAUCAAUACAGAGGUGAUGGAAGUGGAGAAUGUGGACGAUGGCACAGCUGAUUUCCAUAGUAGUGGACACAUUGUUAUCAAUGGAUGGAAAAUACAUAACACAGCAAAAAAUAAAUGGUUCGUGUGCAUGGCAAAAACACCUGAAGAGAAGCACGAAUGGUUUGAAGCUAUUUUGAAAGAAAGAGAACGGAGAAAAGGUUUAAAAUUAGGAAUGGAGCAAGACACCUGGGUAAUGAUCUCCGAACAGGGUGAGAAACUUUAUAAGAUGAUGUGCAAACAAGGAAAUCUGAUCAAAGACAGGAAAAGAAAACUGACCACGUUCCCUAAAUGCUUCCUUGGAAGUGAAUUUGUGUCAUGGCUGUUGGAAAUUGGAGAGAUUCACAGGCCUGAGGAAGGGGUUCACUUAGGACAAGCAUUGUUAGAAAAUGGAAUCAUCCACCAUGUUACUGAUAAGCAUCAAUUCAAGCCAGAACAGAUGUUAUAUAGAUUUCGCUAUGAUGAUGGAACAUUUUAUCCAAGAAAUGAGAUGCAGGAUGUGAUUUCAAAGGGAGUGAGAUUAUAUUGCCGUCUCCAUAGUCUGUUUACUCCAGUGAUACGAGAUAAAGACUACCAUUUAAGAACCUACAAAUCUGUAGUCAUGGCCAACAAACUGAUAGACUGGUUAAUUGCACAGGGGGAUUGCCGUACCAGAGAAGAGGCAAUGAUAUUUGGUGUCGGACUCUGUGACAAUGGAUUUAUGCACCAUGUCCUUGAGAAAAGUGAAUUCAAAGAUGAACCCCUACUUUUUCGUUUUUUUGCGGAUGAGGAAAUGGAAGGAUCAAAUAUGAAGCACCGACUUAUGAAACAUGAUUUAAAAGUAGUGGAAAAUGUUAUAGCCAAAUCAUUAUUGAUUAAAUCCAAUGAAGGCAGCUAUGGUUUUGGGUUAGAAGACAAAAAUAAAGUUCCAAUAAUAAAGUUGGUAGAAAAGGGGUCUAAUGCUGAGAUGGCUGGCAUGGAAGUUGGGAAAAAGAUUUUUGCUAUUAAUGGUGACCUAGUUUUUAUGAGACCUUUCAAUGAAGUGGACUGCUUCCUGAAAUCAUGCUUAAACAGCAGAAAGCCACUAAGAGUUCUUGUGAGCACAAAGCCAAGGGAGACAGUGAAGAUCCCAGAUUCAGCUGAGGGACUUGGAUUCCAGAUCCGAGGAUAUGGCCCAUCGGUUGUACAUGCAGUCGGAAGAGGGACUGUGGCUGCAGCUGCUGGUCUUCACCCUGGACAGUGUAUUAUCAAAGUAAAUGGUAUCAAUGUCAGCAAGGAGACACAUGCCAGUGUCAUUGCACAUGUCACAGCCUGCAGGAAAUACAGGAGACCAGUGAAGCAAGACUCCAUACAAUGGGUUUAUAAUAGCAUUGAGAGUGCUCAAGAAGACCUUCAAAAGGCUAACUCUAAACCCCCAGGAGAUGAAGUAGGGGAUGCAUUUGACUGCAAAGUAGAAGAGGUGAUUGACAAGUUUAACACCAUGGCCAUCAUCGACGGGAAGAAGGAGCACGUGAGCCUGACUGUGGAUAACGUCCACCUGGAAUAUGGUGUUGUGUAUGAGUAUGACAGCACAGCCGGGAUAAAGUGCAAUGUGGUGGAGAAGAUGAUUGAGCCCAAAGGUUUCUUCAGCCUCACUGCCAAGAUUCUUGAAGCCCUGGCUAAAAGUGAUGAUCAUUUUGUGCAAAACUGCACCAGCCUUAACUCUUUAAAUGAAGUGAUUCCUACUGACCUUCAUAAUAAAUUCAGUGCCUUUUGCAGUGAAAAAAUUGAGCACAUAUGUCAGAGAAUAUCCAGUUAUAAAAAGUUUUCACGGGUACUGAAGAAUAGAGCCUGGCCCACCUUUAAACAGGCCAAAUCUAAAAUUUCCCCAUUACACAGCAGUGAUUUCUGCCCUACCAACUGCCAUGUCAACAUAAUGGAAGUUUCCUAUCCCAAAACAUCAACCUCUCUGGGGAGUGCAUUUGGUGUUCAGCUGGAUAGUAGGAAGCAUAAUUCUCUUGAUAAAGAAAAUAAAUCUGAGCAAGGGAAACUGAGCCCUAUGGUGUACAUUCAACACACAAUCACAACAAUGGCAGCCCCUUCAGGUCUGUCUCUGGGACAGCAGGAUGGACAUGGGCUCCGAUAUUUGUUAAAAGAGGAAGACCUAGAAACUCAAGAUAUUUAUCAGAAACUGUUGGGCAAACUUCAGACUGCACUGAAAGAGGUGGAGAUGUGUGUUUGUCAAAUUGAUGACCUUCUGUCUUCCAUAACAUAUUCUCCUAAAUUAGAACGUAAGACAUCAGAGUGCACGGGACCAACAGACAGUGACAACGAGAAGGGAGAAAGAAAUAGCAAACGAGUCUGUUUUAAUAUGGCGGGAGAUGAGCAGGAAGAUUCAGGUCAUGACACCAUCAGCAACAGAGACUCUUACAGCGACUGCAACAGCAACAGGAACUCUAUCGCGUCCUUCACCAGCAUCUGCAGCAGCCAGUGCAGCUCGUACCUCCACAGCGACGAGAUGGACUCAGGUGAUGAGCUUCCCCUCAGUGUUCGCAUUUCUCACGAUAAACAGGACAAGAUACAUAGUUGUCUUGAGCAUCUUUUCAGCCAGGUGGAUUCGAUUACCAAUCUCCUAAAAGGGCAAGCUGUUGUAAGGGCCUUUGAGCAAACCAAGUACCUCACACCAGGGCAAGGAUUACAAGAAUUUCAGCAGGAAAUGGAACCAAAGCUGAGUUGUCCAAAAAGGUUAAGGCUUCACAUCAAGCAAGACCCUUGGAAUCUUCCCAGCAGUGUCCGGAAUCUUGCUCAGAACAUCAGAAAAUUUGUCGAAGAGGUGAAGUGUAGGAUACUCCUGGCUCUUCUUGAAUAUUCAGACAGUGAGACACAGCUCCGAAGAGACAUGGUUUUCUGCCAGAGUCUCGUGGCCACAGUCUGUGCCUUCUCUGAGCAGCUUAUGGCAGCCUUAAACCAGAUGUUUGACAGCAGCAAAGACAAUGAGAUGGACACCGGGGAGGCCAGCAGAAGGUGGCUGGACCAGAUAGCGAAUGCAGGUGUUCUUUUUCACUUUCAGUCGCUCCUGUCACCAAACUUGACAGAUGAACAAGCCAUGUUAGAAGAUACACUGGUUGCACUAUUUGAUUUGGAAAAAGUUUCUUUUUACUUUAAACCAUCAGAAGAGGAACCACUGGUUGCAAAUGUUCCUCUUACAUAUCAAGCGGAAGGAAGUCGGCAGGCUCUGAAAGUUUACUUCUACAUUGAUAGUUAUCAUUUUGAACAGCUGCCUCAACGUUUGAAAAAUGGAGGAGGGUUUAAAAUUCAUCCUGUUCUUUUUGCACAAGCACUGGAGAGCAUGGAAGGGUAUUAUUAUAGAGACAAUGUUUCGGUGGAAGAAUUUCAAGCCCAGAUAAAUGCAGCCUCAUUGGAAAAAGUCAAACAAUAUAACCAGAAACUCAGGGCGUUCUACUUGGACAAGUCAAAUUUACCACCUAACUCCACAUCCAAAGCUGCCUAUGUAGAUAAGCUAAUGAGGCCUCUCAAUGCUUUGGAUGAACUUUAUCGACUGGUAGCCUCGUUUAUCAGAUCCAAGCGCACGGCCGCCUGUGCAAACACAGCUUGCAGCGCCUCCGGGGUCGGUCUGCUGUCCGUGUCCUCGGAGCUGUGCAACAGGCUGGGGGCCUGCCACAUCAUCAUGUGCAACAGUGGCGUGCACAGGUGCACCCUGAGCGUGACACUGGAGCAGGCCAUCAUUCUGGCCAGAAGCCAUGGACUGCCUCCUCGCUACAUCAUGCAGGCUACAGAUGUGAUGCGGAAGCAGGGAGCAAGAGUUCAGAACACAGCAAAGAAUUUGGGAAUCAGAGACAGAACCCCACAGUCUGCUCCAAGGCUGUACAAGCUGUGCGAGCCGCCUCCCCCUGUUGGAGAAGAAUGAGGAGAAUCCCCAAGGAACCAGGCAAGCAGAAGCUUCUGAACACUAGACAAAAGACAUGCUGGCUAAACAUUCUUCAUUCAAGAUAAAUAAAUGAAAUUUUUUUCUCUAGCUCCUUCCCCAUGGAGUAAAUAACCAAUGUUCUUCUUGUACGUGGAUACUUGUGCCGGAAAUGGAUGAGAGAUCACUCAGACCAUCUGUAGCUUCACAAACUAAUCUGUCUAUGUAUUGACACUAACUAUUCAUUUUUAGGGUAAAUUUUGUCCUUGGAAUUUAUGAAAAAAAAACAGGUAAAUAAUGAACCAUUGUGCCUCCUCUCCCAUUAGUUAGAAUUAUUUCAUUGUGUUUGUUUUCAUCUUCUCUGAAUGGAAUCAUGUGAUAAUGGAUAUUUCCACUUGAAGAAGUCUUUCACUGAAGAAAGAUGGACACACUUUUAAAAUCAUCAUACAGAAAUGUUACAGACCACAUAGACUGGGUGUUAUUGUAGGCAUUCGGUCCCCUACCUGCAUCAGAGAAAGUAUGAUUUGUGAAUGGUGAAGAGCAUGCUUGACUCUUUUUCCUACGGGUUUAUUUCUCAGUAACAGAGAAGAGAGCUGAAUGAGGCUUCUACCAAGACUUUCUUCCCACUGCUUGUGGUGGGAAGCACUGCUUUGUGCUCGUGGACAGUUCCAGCAAGUGGGUGCUGUCAUUGGUCUCUGAAAUGGCAUGGCUUCCUAGGGCCACGUGUAAUGGUGCUGUGCCACAGGUGGCCAGGGGGUGGAGAGGGGUGGAGUGGGGUGGAGAUCAGGGAGGUACGGGAGGGGAGAGUGGGGUAAAGGAGGAAAUUUAAGUCCAUUUAAAAAGUCAAAUUUUAACUUAGAAAGAUACCUAAAAUUCUUACUUUUAUUAAGACUUCCAUAUGAGAUGUGAGACUCUGAAGAGAAUACACCGUGCUGAGUAUUUUUCUAUCAAGGUAUGUGUACAACAGUGAAAAUAAAGCAUUAUUUGUUGAACUGUACAAGGACUAUUAGAGACCUUGAUAAUGUAUGGAAGCACAAGGUGUAUUCUAUUUUCAUUCCAAAAUACACGUCAUUUUUAUCAUUUCUAUGUUGAUUAAAUAAUAUUGUUUUUCAGUGUAAUGAAUACAGUAAUAUUGAUUUUGAAUCUAUAAUUUUCAAAACAGUUAAAACGCCCUUCCUGUGAUUGUGAUGAGUAUAUGGAUUUGGACUAAUUUAGUAUGUGAAAUGCUUUUCAUAACUAAGGUAUAUACAGAUGAUUAUUACAUUUUAAUUUAUGACAUUUGAUAAUGAUUUUCAGAUGAUCAUUAAAAAUCUUCACUGCCAUUAGUUGUGUAUUGAAUAACAAAAAUCCUGUGUUAUACAUAUACCAGUUAUUCAUACACUGGUCAAGCUGAUAAAAAUUGUUCUUUGGCACAGAAGCACUUAAAAUUUUUGCAAUAAGUCCUUAUAUAUAAUAAGAGAUAAACUCAAAGUUUUCAAAGGAAACGUUGAACACUUUGAAUUUAAUGAAGAUAUUACCUUAACACAAAUACCUAUAUUAAGUAUAUCUUAACUUUCAGGGAUUUAACAUUCUUGAUAUUAUUAUCAACUGAUCCUGAAGGUCCAUGACAUUAGUAUUUUGCGAUUUUCCUGUACUGAAAAAUUGAUUACUUUCAUUGUGACUAGUGAGUGAGCAAAACUGAUCAACUAUCAAGUAUUUUUCAUAUUGUCUUUACUGUUUUCUAGUCACCAUCCUAGAAGCCUUAUUUCUCAUUAGAAGGAUGAAGGGGUCACUUCAACACUUCAGUCAUACUUUGCUAUGUUUCAUGGAGGAAAUUAUCUGCAAUUAUAGUCUGUAUAAAAUAGCAUAUUUUUAAGGGUCUAUUCUCUAUAUAGUAGGAUGUGCUUAAUAUUUUAAGGGUUAAAUGUAGUGUAAGUGUACCAACCUUCAGAGUGCUUGGUACUUCUUGAAUGCUCCAAAGUUAGUAAUGAUUUCUAUUCUCAUCAGUCCCUGUCAUUUUUUAUUACAAUAAAAAUUGUAGCUAACAUUUAAGUAGUUACUAUGUGCCAAGCGGUACCUCCAAGUGCUUUAUCCCUAUUUGUUGUUAUUGUUUCACUAAUCCUCACAAAGACUGGGAUGGUGUCUUUUCAUCAUCCCCAUUUCACAGUUGAGGAACUGAAGCAAAGAAGGGCCCAGUGACUCGUCCAAGACCACAGGACUGACAAGUGACAAAAGUAGGAUUUAAAUCCAGGAAGUCUGCCUUCUUAAUGCAUUAUGCUGCUUCUCCAUAUUCACAUAAGAACUGUUGUAAUAUUACCCAUUAUUUGUUAGUAAAGUUGUGACAUGUGUUGCCAUUAAGUUAUACAUUUUAUAUUGAGUAAAAAAUGAAUGGAAACAUAUAAAAUGUCUUUAAUAUGUGAAAAUCAUAAGAUUUCCUAGGCAUUUUACCAUUCUGGAUACACAUUUUGAGGCAACGCAGUGCUGUUGCAAUCUGAAAAAAUAGAUUCCUCAUAAUUGAAGGUAACAAUUUUAGGUAUGUUUUGAAAUUCUGGAAAAGUAUACCAUAUAAAAUUUGACUACGAUUCCAAAACAGUGGUACAGUAAAAAAGAAAAUGUCCAAUGAAUGAAUGGAUAAAGAUGAUUUUUCAAUAUCAUAAUGUGCCUCCACAUGACACUGGACACUUAACUGGCCAUGAGUUUUUAGAAUGAAUUUACCUAAAUGCUCACAUACUCCUCUAGAACUCCUUGAAAUGUUGCUAAAGCCUUACCAACAGUUCUUCCAAGUUCUGAGUUUGGACAUUUGCUUCUCUUCACCUAAAGGGGAAGGUCAUGCAUAGAAAUUUUGGUUCUUAACGUGGGAUCUAAGUCAAAAAUAAUUGCUAACUAGUAAUCCAUAGUCAAUACAUCUUAAAUAUUCCAUGAUAUCUUAUAAAGUUAUCUAAUAUAAAACAUAACAAAACUUAAUAUAAUGUUAACAGAAUGAGCAAUUUGAAGAGACUAGAAUUUUCCAUCUAUUUCCGUUAUUGUUUAACAAGAAACAAAGAAACAAAGAAGAAUUCCUGUACUAGCUUUACUUCUGUUGGAUAUAUAAAGUUGAAUUUAGGAGGUAAGCUUUAUUUUAUGAACUAAUAUUCUAAUCGUAGAAGUCUCACACUAUGUUCUGUCUCUCUCUUUUUUUUUUUUAAGGUUUAUUUAUUUGUUUCGAGAGAAAGUGAAAGAGAGAGCAAUCAGGAGAGGGGCAGAGAUAGAGGGAGAGAGAAUCCCAAGCAGUCUCUGUGCUGUCAGGACAGAGGCUGACGCGGGGCUCGAUCCCAAACCAUGAGAUCAUGAUCUGAGCCGAAGUCAAAUGCUUGACUGACUGAGCCACCCAGGCGCCCCUAUUUUCUGUCUCUUUAAAUCAUAUUCUUCCAGUGACCUAGCUUCCCUAUGCAUUCAGUGGUCACUCUUCUUGUAGUAACAAUGUUUAAUUUAAAAUUAGGCUAAUAUCUUAUGACACUAUAAUAUAUAUGAGAUUACAAUGAUACUCAUUCUGACUCUAUUGAUUUAAAUUUUAUGAUAGUUAACUAAGUUCAGAAUGAGAUGAAAUUAAUGUUGGUACUAACUAUAAAAACCAAGAAAAUAAAUAGUUAAAAACAAAAUCCUGAGGGACAUAUUAACUAAUUAAAAAAAAUAAUAUAAACUAUUUGGGGCACCUGGCUGGCUCAGUCAGUGGAACAUGUGACUCUUGAUCUCAGGGUUGUGAGUUCAAGACCCACGUUGGGUGUAGAGAUUACUUAAAAAAUAAAAUCUGUAAAAAAAAAACAAACCCAAAAACAAAGAAAAGAAACUAUUUUCAACCCUCUGAACAUAUACAUUUUAUAGAAAAAAUAAUAUUUAGUGACAUGGAAGCUUUUAGUUGAGAGUUACUCUAUAUAUUUGACAAUAAUGCAUUUGUAUGUAAAGUACUAAAGUAUUCCUUCAUUAGUUCAUAUAGAUCUUUUCCCAUGUAGCAUGAGUUAAGACAGAUUACAGGGUGUAUUUUUACUCACUUGUAUUAAAAAAAAUAAUACUGAAGUUUAAAAUAGAUAUCAAUACUUUAAGUCAUUUUACUUUACAUUUUACUUUAAAGGACAUAUUUAGAUUUUUUUCACUGGUGGUAUUUACUAAUAUUGAAACUAAUGUUUGGUAUGUGACUAAAUUGCUUCUGAAUUUUUGGAAACUGUGUUUGAUUCUUAAAGACUUAUUUUUAAGUGGAUUAACAUAGUAAAUUAUACUUCCCCAAAGCCAGUGGUAGUUAUUCAUUAACGUGUUUGUAUAUACUUCUGUUUGUGUUGAAUUUGCUGAAUGAAUAGUCAGUUGUUCUGCUUAAGUAUAAAGGCAAAAGCUUUUGAAAUAGUUUCAAAUAAUCUAAACUCCAAUUAAUAAAAAUAUUCUGUACUCUAUCAGAGUUUUGAGGUUUUAAUGAUAAACCUCAGAAAAAAUUCACCCUACAUGAAACAAAAGAGGUGGGGAAAAGUCAUGAGAGGAAUCUCGGCCAAAAAUGGGCCCAGGCUAAUUCCUUUAACAUAUAGUGGUCACAGUCUUCCUAGGUGCUGCAGUUCUGUAAUUGUCAUUACAGUUUGUCUUUGCUUUAAAAAUUUUUUUUUACUACUUCGAGCCUUUGCCUUUAACAAUGAUCUCAGCAUUCAUAUGGCCACAUUGCAUGCAUGGAAGACUGUACAAGUAUGGCCUGUGCAUGCCCUAGCUGUUGUCCCAUAGACACUUGGCCUACUUCACUCAGGAUAGCCUGCUUCUCUCACUGAGAAGAGACAUCUGAAGUCUACGAAGAUAGAUGUAGAGAUACCUGUAUCUCUGUAUACAUUUUUAUAUACAUAUAUAUUUGCUUUUUGUUUUUAUGAUAAUACAUUAUAGAAGUGACUUAGAUUCUCAUGUCUUGUUUUGGAUGAAGAUAUGAAAUACGGGGUUGUUCAAUAUAUUGAAUAUUUGUUCUAUAGGCAACAGGUUUGUCGAAAUACACAGGAAACAUGCCUGGUAGGCCAUCUUUUGACCACUGACAGUAGUUUUCUACUCGAUGUGGAGUCAAUUUACCUGACUUUGCCAUCCAGAAGAAGUAGCUGGUUAAGAAUAAAAUUAUUGAAUUUUCAAAUGAUAUUUCUACCAGAAAUAGAAAGCUUUGGAUACUUUCAAGUGCAGAUAACAGAAUAAAUGUCAUCCGUGUACUCAUUCCACAAAUAUGUUUGAGAAUUCACUUUGUAUAAGGCACAGCCAGUGGGCCUUUUUUGUGUGUGGGAUGUGUUUGGUUUGAAAACUUUCACAUUAUCUCUUUUGUGUUAAUGGACACUUGUGUCUUUUACGUGAGAUGACAUUAUUUGUAAUUCAAACCUAUUCUAAUACCUUAUAGGUAUAUAUACUGUAAGAAUUCAAGAGUACUAAGUUGGUAAAAUGCUUUAGAAAAUAUACAUUUAAAUUUGAAUAUCUAAUGCCGCAAGCAAAUUUAUUAGAGUUUCAGAUGAAUAUGUAUUUUUGUAACUGCCAAGUAAAUGAGUAGAUCAUAGCUUUUGCUUAAAAAAUAUUUUUAUAAGUAUUCAGUUGAUAGUUGCUUUAUGUAUUUGAAUAUAAUUUACAUUUCAUUAUUUUAAAUAGUAAAGUAUUUUACUGUUUUAAAUAGUAAAAUAUCAAAUUUGUUCCAUAAACAGUAAUUCUUUUGAAUAUAUUCAUAUUUAACAUUGUAUAACCUCCAAAAUGCAAUGAUAUAUUUCACCUGAGUGUAUUAUUGUAAGAGUCAAUUUUUCCUUUGUAAAAGAUACAUGUAGCAUAGUUUCAGUCAUUCAAUAUUUUGUGAAUGGUUAAAAUGACCAGUGUCUUAUGUAUUUCAUAUCAUCUAAUUUUGUGUGGAAGACUAGAAUAGUAGCAUUGUGUUAUUAGUGUCAAUAAUAAAGUAAAAUGUAGUAUGA